UUAUGUUGGUUGUCAUUGUUUGUGGAAGCGCUCACUUUAAAGAGAAGAUCCCCAUAGCCCGUACCCACCCGAUCGGAUCGGCGAUUGGUAUCGGCCGAUACUGAUUCCGGCGAUCGGCCACACAAAUUCCCGAUCGGAGUAUCCCUACUGAAUAGCACUUUGAUGUUUCCUCUCCUUGUGUUUCAGGUUAGAGGGUAUUCAGUAUCCGUACCACCUUUACAUCAGCCCCUCUGCCAGGUCAGGCACCAACGGCCCCGACAGGCCCUUCCAAUGUCCCACCUGCGGCGUCAGAUUCACACGCAUCCAAAACCUGAAGCAGCAUAUGCUCAUACACUCAGGCAUUAAGCCUUUCCAGUGUGACCGCUGUGGGAAAAAGUUCACACGGGCCUACUCCCUAAAGAUGCAUCGGCUGAAGCACGAAGGUAAACGCUGUUUCCGGUGCCAGAUAUGUAGCGCCACAUUCACGUCCUUCGGUGAAUAUAAGCACCACAUGAGGGUCUCCCGACACAUAAUCCGCAAGCCGCGGAUUUACGAGUGCAAAACGUGUGGGGCCAUGUUCACCAACUCUGGCAAUUUAAUUGUACACCUGAGGAGUCUGAACCAUGAGGCAUCUGAACUAGCAAACUACUUCCAGAGCAGGUGAGGAGUCCGGGGGCGCUGACCCUCAUCAUUUACUCAGAUCUCACCUGGAUCAAAAAGUUACUCAAGUUUAGACUCUCAUACCUUAGGUCCAUUUAAUCGUUUUCCCUCUAUGACUUUUGUUGUGUAGAAUUGUUUCCGACAUGAUUGCACUUGAUUUGGAUGCUCAGAUCAAGAGUACCUGAAGUACUUGAUGGUAUUCAUUGAAAAUGUAACUUAUUUUGAGAAAUAGAUUUACAUUUCGGGAAGAUUAUACAUUUUUAUCCCAAAAAUUGGAUUUUGGAGACAAACUGCAUUUCAAUGAGCUGUUAGAGCAUUUCCCGUUUGGGAAUAAAUGUCAGGUGACCUUUGGAGACUACAAAAAGUUAUUGAACCUGGCCAGGAAGCUGUUAUAAACCCAGAAAACGUCUUUGCAGAUUAAACAAACGAGGUCAACAAUGUUAAGAAGUGAGCUUUAAAGGUAAAAAAAUAUGGACUUUGUAACAUCUGCCAAGAAAGCCUUUUUCCCAUUUCCAGUCUGUACGCUUUAAGCUAAGCUACAUACAUGAGAGUGCUAUCAGUCUCCUUUUUUAACUCUCAAAUAGAAAGUGAAUAAGGCCAUUUCCCAAAAUAUUGAACUAUUCCUUUGAUUUUAUACAGAGAUGGCAAACACCUGAAGUUACACUUGGCUCUGUUUACUG